AUGCCCGCACCAACCGCUUUGAAGCAGGCUGAUGAAGCCCCGCUCCCCAUGGAAAGUACUGUCGUCGAGCAAGAUGGCGGAGACGAAUUUCUCCUUGACGCCGAAGCCGUGCUCGGCGAGGGAGACUUCAUGGCGCCCCAAGAUCCUGAAGGAGACGACUCUAUGGCUGUCGACGAGGAGGGCCGACCUCGAUUUGCCCCUUCAAAGAAUAUUGAUCUCGUUACACGAGUCGAAACUCGCAAAGUGCCAAUCCCACCGCACCGAAUGACGCCGCUCAAACAUAAUUGGACCACCAUCUACCCUCCUCUCGUCGAACAUCUUAAGCUCCAGUGCCGUAUGAAUGUGAAGCGCAAGACGGUGGAGCUGAGAACAUCUAAACACACUACCGACUCCGGUGCCUUGCAAAAGGGAGAAGACUUUGUCAAGGCGUUCACAUUGGGUUUUGAUGUCGACGACGCCAUCGCGCUACUUCGCCUGGACGACCUAUACAUCGAAACAUUUGAGAUCAAGGAUGUGCGGACCAUGCAUGGCGAUAGUCAAGCUCGCGCCAUUGGUCGAAUCGCGGGCAAGGAUGGCAAGACAAAAUUUGCUAUUGAGAACGCCAGCCGUACGCGAGUCGUCUUGGCCGACUCCAAGAUCCACAUUCUGGGAGGCUUCAAGAACAUCCACAUGGCCCGCGAAUCAAUUGUCAGCCUCAUUCUUGGAAAGCCUCCUGGGAAAGUGUAUGGAAACCUGCGCACUGUUGCUGCGCGCAUGAAGGAACGAUUUUAA